AAACGUGCCAAAGGCCCCCUUGGGCCUCCAUCUUCCAACUGGUACCAGACCAGGAGAGCUACAGGAAGAAUGAAGAAGUGAUGCUGAGCUGCCCUGAAGGUUUCCAGCCAUCCUUCACCCAUGUCAGAUGUUCGAGUGAACUCCAGUCCUUCAUUGAUGCGAAACCUGUCUACAGAGAGGUUUGGCUUGGAAGAGAUACCAGAGGUGUCUGGAUCCGCAUUCGCUCCAGCAUGGAGUGCCUCGAAGUGCUUCAGGUUGUCCCCGGCACCUUUGAGAUCUCCAGCACCAGCAUCCAACUGAACUGGACCUGCAGGUUCCCUGGUGCCUGCCAGGCCAUGCGGGCCAUGUGCCGCCUGGCAGUGCCUUCCUCCCCUCCCUGCAAGGCUGAGGAGGUGGAGGGAGAGGAGAUGUUACAUGGCCAGGAGGGAACAUUCUCCUGCUCCCAGUUGCAGCCCUUCACUGACUACAGUGUCACCAUCUUCUUGCACCCCAACACGACCCUUUUCUCAUGGUUGUUCAGGACAGAGGAAACAGUGCCAGACAAACCAGAGGAACUGUGGCUGGAUACCAGCAGAGGGUCCCUGAGGUGGAAGGAGCUGCCCUCCUGCAAAGGGGAGAUCAUUGGAUACCAGCUGAACAUCACGGCCAGGAGCACACGGGACGGAGGCUUCCUGGAGAUGGAGCGGCUGCAGGUGAACGGCUCCGUCACUGAGCACCGGCUGCCGGAGCACGGCCCUGGCAGCAGCUACGUGGUGUCGAUUCAGGGACUGACGGCUGCCGGGGCCGGGGCUGCGUCGCUGUGGGAAUUUCAGAGCACAGACAACCAGCACCCUCUGGGCAUCAGCUGCCGCAGCGUCCCUGACAUCUCCCCAUCCCAAGGGACGGUCGUGCUUCCCCUGCAACCCAUCACCUCGGAGGGGACCGGGGAGCACCAGCUGGUCGUGGCCAUGACACACAACAGC